AGCCAAGCCACCGUGGGUACGGAGAUGCAGUAGGUACCUUAGGUAUUUCCUCGCUCUGUCGCUCUGUCGCUCUGUCCCCCUAUCCGGACGGAGCCCGGAACAUGCGGUACUCCCCCGGUGGCUCCGUCUACUUUCGUCUCCCGAUUCCGGCCCAGCCAGCCAGCCGUUGACCGGUUCAUGCCCCAUGAAUAAGCUCCCGUAACACAACACAACAUCACCAUCGCAACAACAAAAGGCCACAAUGUCUCCCUCAACCCCAACCAACCCGCCCCCCAUCAUAGACGACAAAUCCCCCCUCUGCAUCCCCUUCAUCCUCACCCACCUCCAAGCCCACCUCACCUCCCCACACCGCAACCGCCCCUUCCUCGUCGGCCUCAACGGCGUCCAGGGCAUAGGCAAAACCACCCUCGUCCGCGCCCUCGCCACCGCCCUCGACUCCCAAGGCCACCCGACCCUGGUUCUGAGCAUCGACGACCUCUACCUCCGCCACGCAGACCAACUCGCCCUCGCCGCCGCCCACCCGGAGAACCCCCUCCUCCAGCACCGCGGCCAGCCGGGGACCCACGACCUGCCCUUAGCCCGCCGCCUCUUCCACGACCUCCUCGCCCGCCGCCCCGCCCGCGUCCCCUCCUACGACAAAGCCGCCUUCGCGGGCCAGGGCGACCGCGCCCCGUCCGCGUCCUGGCGCCCAGUCAACCCCCCCUUCGUCCACGUCGUCAUUUUCGAAGGCUGGUGCGUCGGUUUCCGUGCCCUCCCCGACGCGGCCGCCGUGGAAGCACGCCGGGCGCGGCCCAGUCGCACCCUUGCUUCCCAUGCGCUGCCGGACCUCCUCUUCGUGAAUGAUCGCCUGCGCGCCUACGACGACCUGACGGAUCUCCUGGAUGCCUUUGUUCAUCUGGACGCGGAGGACGCGCGGUAUGUCUACGACUGGCGGCGCGAGCAGGAGGCCGCCUUGCGCGCGGAGCGCGGUGCCGGCAUGUCCGAUGAGCAGGUCGUUCGCUUUGUCGACGGGUACUACCCUGCUUAUGAGCUCUAUGCCGACAACCUCCGCAAGGGCGUUUUCCCUGACCGCCCUGGACGCCAGCUGCGUAUUGUUGUGGGGAAGGAUAGGAAGGUGAGGCAGAGCCAUGUCCAAUAGAGCCUACAAAGUGGGUAGAUGCUCGGCGAAUCAUCUGCUUGGAAGAAACGAGGGAAUCCUCUGUAGCAACAUCAUAUCGUCGCCAUUGCUCUAGUUUUGUGUCAUAAGAAAGAAGACAAAAAGAAGAAUAAUAAUAAAAACCCCAUGUAUCA